CGGCUAGUCCCACCAGACAGUCACACAAAACCGGCGGCGGCCGUAUAAACACGCAACGAACCUGUGCCGGACGCAAGCACCUCCAGGACUCCUCUCGCUUCCUCUCCCCGUCGGCUUUUACCCGGUGACUCCUGCCCUCGCCGCCGCCGCCGGGGGGAGAUGAUGGGGCUGUUGUCGGGGCUUCGUCUAGACACGCUCCUGAAGCGUCUGUGUAAAUCGCUGCUGAAGAAACGGCUCGGGGAUCUGAUCCUCGGCGACCUCGACCUCGACCAGUUCGACCUCCAGCUCACCCGCGGUGCGCUCCAGCUCAACGACCUCGCGCUCAACGCCGACUUCAUCAACCACAAGUUGUCAGGAUCUGCUAUCAUGCUGAAAGAAGGAUCGAUAAAAUCCCUGCUAGUUAGAUUCCCUCUACCGGUCAAGAGUUGCGAGAUUGUUGUGGAAGAAUUGGAGCUUGUGCUUGCUCCAGCUGUUGCAAGUGAAGUUGCUCCUGUAGAUACUGAAUGCUCUGUCUCUGGUAGUACUAGUGACACACAGGCAUCGGUCAAGACCCAAAUAAACGAAUCUGAUAGUAAUCAAUGUUCUACUUCUGUAUCUCGAGAUGUGGAUGAAGGUGUCAAGAGAAUAGCCAAUGCCGUCAAAUGGUUUCUGACAAGCUUUAAUAUCAAGUUAAAAAAUGUUUAUGUUGUAUUUGAUCCUUGGACCAGUUUGGAUAACAGGGUCUCAGAAACUAAUCGAUCUCUCGUUUUCCGAAUUAAAGAGACGGAAUUUGGAACCCUUCUUUCGACAGAUGGUCUGGUUAAGCUGAAUAAUUUUAUAACUUUCCAUGACGCGGUCAUUGAGUUUCUGAAGAUGGAUGAUGUUGAUGCGCUGCUUCAGAAUGACCAGGAUAGAGGCACAGCUGACAUUUCAGCAGGGCAUAGUACUACUGCAGUCUUGACAGGUCCCAUUGGUGGAUUCUCGGGAAAACUGAACGUAAGCAUCCCAUGGAGCAAUGGAUGCUUGAACCUUGAGAAAAUCGAUGCAGAUGUAUCUGUUGAUUCAUUAGAAUUACGGUUACAAAUCAGCAGUAUCCGGUGGAUCAUGAAUGUGUGGGAUUCUCUGCAAAGGAAGCCAAUAGAUGAACAUAAUUGUGCCCAUAAUACUGCAGAUAUGUCUAUGAUCUCCACCAGAUCCGCCUUAUGUUCAUCUGGAUCAAGGUCUUUGAAACCAGAUUCAGAUUCUGUGAUAGCUAUCAGGGAAUGCUUGGCACAGAGUGCAUUUUCUCAAAGCAGGCAAGAUAAAAUUCAGGAUUCUUUCCUUACAAGGGCACAUGUAAUAACAGACUGGAUGGAGCCUAUUGCCCAUGAGGAUCAAGGUGACCCUGAUUCAGAUUGUGACGAAAGCAUCGAUCAGUUCUUCGAAUGUUUUGAGGAAUUGAGGAGCUCCCAGUCUAGUUUAGGAAACAGUGGUAUAUGGGACUGGACAUGUUCGGUAUUCAAUGCCAUAAGUUUUGCAUCCACUUUAGCUUCUGGAUCUGAUCAAGUUCCUAAAGAACAACCAAUUGAGAAAACCUUACGGGCCUCCAUUGCUGAGGUGUCUGUUCUUCUUUUGUUCAGUGAUGGCAUGGAUAUUGACAAUCCCAGUGUUCCCGUUAGUGUGUUAGAUGAUAUGAGAAAUUCCGAAAUGUUUUCGAGCUGUCUUUCCUCGGCGCAUUUUGGGAAAUCAGUUAUGUCUCAUGCUAUUGCUUCCAGCUUAAAUAUGCAUCAUCUAGAAGCCAAGUUUCAACAAAUUCAUCUUGAUCUGCAGACAUAUCCGAAAAAUUUGAGGUUCAUGGCAUCAAUUGCCCAUAUGAAGCUUGAUGAAUACUACCACGCUGGAAACAAUGAUUCAGAUCAUUCACACCUUGGUAGCCUUUUCUUGAAUAAUAACUUACGCCAAGAAGUUCAAGCUGCUGUCCCUCAAUGCAUGUUUGCUGCUGGAGAUCACUGGGUCGAAACCUCUGAACUCUCUGGCAACAAUUCAAGUGAGCUCACUAAAGUUGAAUUGCUAAAAACUUUUGGCAAGUGCACAUUCCGUUAUGAUGUCAGUACCACAGAUCAAGAUAGCAACUUCGUAAGCUCAACUUCUCUGUCGAUCUGUUUGUCUCCUUUGAUUUUCUGGGUGCACUUCCAUACAGUAUACAUGCUAUUGGAUCUUAUGAGUAAAAUUGAAUCUGAUUUGUCGCGCGAAGAGCAUAAAAUUCAUACGCAUGGUAAUGAAAAAGGAAGGAGAUUGGCUAAAAGCACAAAUAUGCUGUCAAGUGGAAAUCUAAAGGUUCAGAUCUCCUUGUCACCAACAAGAAUCAUCCUUUGCUUCCCGCCUGAGUUUUCGUGGGAUUUGAGCCACCCAUCUACCCUGGAUAAGUUCCUGGUCAUCGACCACACGUCAUGUCUGGAUACGAAAGAAACUCCAUCUCUACCUCGAAAUGAAAUGCUUAAUGAGGUUCAUCUAGGAACGCCAUAUACCUCAAUCCAUUUGGCUGCAGGGAACUUCGACAUCUAUUUGGUUAAACCUUCCAAUAAUGUAUUGGAUGGUAGAAUAUAUUCUUCGAGUAGGCAAACUUUCUCUACUUUGAAGAUUUUUUCUGUUACAGGAGCCAAUUAUAAUAACUCCAGCAUCACCUUGAUCUGGAGAAAGUAUCCUGUAACUGGCCCUGAGAUGGUCAACAAAGCAUGGAGUUUGCCAAAGCUACAUGAUCAAAAUAAUACUAAAACACAGAACAGCAAAUGGGCUGGUGUUUCCUCUUCCACAACUUCACAAGAUCUUGGAGAGUUAGGAUCUAGUAUACGCCAGGAGCUCCUUAAGAGCACUGAGCUCUUAUUGCAUGUUCAACUUUCUUGUGUUUCAGUACAACUCAGUAAAAAGGAUUGCAAGCUACUAAAUCAGCUGCUAGAUGAUGUCCUUGAUGGGAUAUCAGGUGGAGAAACAAUCAUUUCUGAAAAUGGCAAGGGAAAAUCUGUUCCAGCCAAUGAUAUUUCCAUUCAAACAUCCAUAGUUUUUGAAUGCAGCAUCUUAGAAAUUUGCACUGAAUUGGAGGAAACUGUGGAAAUUGGUCCUUUGUUACAGGCAGAAUUAGAAGGUUCCUGGAAUUCUCUUAAGUUGUCUAUUUCGAAUUUUUCUCUUUUCUUCUUUUCAAAUGUUGGUGGAGUCAACAAUGCUAGUUUUCUUUGGGUUAAUCAUGGUGAAGGUGAGCUUCGGGGCUCUAUUAGUGAUAAGGAUGAUGAAAGAAAAGAGUUUCUUAUAGUUGCUUGUAAGGACUCUGCCUGCCGGCGGGGUGAUGGUGAAGGUACCAAUGUAUUGUCUAUUGGUACUGCUGGCUGUUCUGUGGUCCACAUCAGGAACCCAAAGCUACAAGAGAAUUACACUUCCGUUGAUGUUCGUUCUGCGACAAUUGUGGCACCUGGUGGCCGUAUGGAUUGGAUCAAUGCAAUAUGCCUGUUGCUCGGUUCAGGUUCAGAUGGAACUGAAGAGCCAGAUGAUAGCAACACAGUAAAUAGUUUACAGGCUAGUGAACCCUAUUCAUCAUCUUUCUUUCUUGAGUUAGUUGAUGUUGCUGUGAGCUAUGAACCUCACUUCAAAAAUUCUGUUCUCAGUGCUGAAACAGCAGACAGCAAGUUUUUCUCAUGCAUUUUAGCUGCAUCAUCGUUCAAACUUCAUAGCAAAUCUGCAUCAGAUUCUGCAGCUACUGAUUUUGAUAUCCAGCUGCGUGAUCUUGGGCUUCUCAUUUGUGGAUCAUCCGGCUCAAAAAAUGUCACUUGCGGUUAUGGCGUAGAUUACCUUCGCCAAUCAGGUUAUGCUAAGAUUGCCCAGAACACAUUCAUUGACGCUGCUCUAAGAAUUGAUUCCUCCUUUUGGAAACUUGAAAUAUCAGACUCUCAAUUUGAUAUUGGUACUUGUCAUGAUACAACAUAUGGUCUUAUUCGUUUGGGAUCCCAACUCCAGCAGCUAUAUGGUCCUGAUAUGCGGGAUGCUUUAGUUCAUCUACAAUCAAGGUGGAACAGUGUCCAAGAGGCAAACAGGCAAAAUAUAUCCACUGACGCAUCAGAUAAGUUAGAGAGCAGUUUGGAGAAUUUGGCAGAUUCUGGAUUGUGCCAGUCAGAUGGACUGCUUGAUGAUAUAGUAGAGAAUGCUUUUAACACAGAGGACUACACGACCAAUGAUUUUUGGGAGAGCAAUUGCCAUCACUCAUUUAGUAGCAGUGAAACGGAUGAUGGAUUUGAGCUGAACACAGCCACUUCACACAUUUUGCUUAGACCAUCAUUAGUUAGUCUGGAAGCCAAUAUUACUCAACUACCACUAGAACAGAACUCCUGUCCUGAUCACAUCAUUGACUCUUAUUAUAUGCCUGAAUUUCAACAUCCAUCAUCAUCAACUCUAUGUAAUGAAGAGCAUCGCUGUAUGUCUGGUGGUGACGCUCGUCGAACCCUGGAGAGUGAAGAUGGUGGAUGGUAUAACAAUGUUCCCUUGACAAUAGUUGAGAACCAUGUUUUGAGAAAGAACAACAAACAAGGAGAGCAAGCACUUCGACAAGGAGGGAAGCCUGCUGUUUCCAGCUUGAAUCCUGAUGAAUCUUGUAAUCUGAAAGGAAAGGUUCUUAUUCAUGGUAUAGAUGUCAAGUGGCGAAUGUAUGCUGGAGAUGACUGGUUAUUACCACGGAAAAAUGCAAGUAGCCGCCCAUGCACAAAUGGAAGAGAUAGGAGCUCUUCUUUAGAAUUUAUCAUGACAGGGUUCAAUGUCCAACUUGAUAUGUAUCCAGAUGGGGAUGUUUCUAUUUCUAAGUUAUCCAUAUCUGCUCAAGACCUAAAUCUUUGUGAUCAAAGUAUGCAUGCUCCAUGGAAAACGGUUCUUGGAUGUUACAACUCAAAGGAUUACCCAAGAGAAUCUUGCUCCAGUGCAUUCAGGUUAGAACUGGAGUCUGUAAGGCCUGAACCACAGGCUCCUUUGGAAGACUACAGGUUAUAUCUCGAGAUUUUGCCUCUACAGUUGCAUCUUGAUCAAGGGCAACUUGACUUCCUAAUCAAGUUCUUCCAGAAUGAUCCAUGUAACAAUGACCCUCAUUUACAUUGUGAAAAUGAGAUUGUUGAUGUGGAGAGCACAAGCUAUGGAAGCAAUACAAUUGUGGAUGAGGCAUUACUUCCUUUCUUUCAGAAAUUUGAUAUAAAGCCUCUUGUUCUGCACGUUAAUUAUAUACCCCGUCAGUUUGAUCCGAUUGCACUAGGCAAAGGAAACUACGCAGAACUUCUCAACAUUCUUCCGUGGAAGGGAAUUGAUUUGAAGCUUAAGCAUGUUUCUGCAAUGGGUGUUUACGGAUGGAACAGCAUAUGUGAGACAGUAGCUGUAGAGUGGUUGGAGGAUAUUUCUAAAAAUCAGGUACAUAAAUUGUUAAAAGGGCUUCCUCCAAUAAGAUCAUUAGUUGCUGUCAGUUCAGGGACUAAGAAAUUGGUCUCUUUGCCCAUCAAAAGCUACAAGAAGGACCGGAAGUUGCUCAAGGGAAUGCAAAGAGGUGCUGUUGCUUUCAUAAGAAGUGUUUCCAUUGAAGCUGUAGGACUUGGUGUCCAUUUGGCUGCGGGAGCUCAUGAUAUGCUUGUGAAGACAGAACGUGCCCUUACAGCUGUUCCACCACCUUUAGCCUCGUGUGAAGCGAAAAGAGCAAAACAUAACAUAAGAGCUAACCAGCCUGAAAGUGCACAACAAGGGAUGAAACAGGCGUAUGAAAGUUUAACUGAUGGACUUGGAAGAACUGCCUCUGCUUUGAUUGGGAAUCCUAUUAAAGUUUAUAAUCGCGGGGCUGGUGCCGGAUCAGCCCUGGCUACUGCAAUCUGUGGAGCACCAGCUGCUGCAGUUGCUCCAGUAUCAGCAUCUGCUAGUGCUUUACAUUAUGCACUUCUUGGGCUAAGGAACAGCCUUGAUCCUGAGCACAAGAAAGAAUCCAUGUACAAAUACCACGGACCUUCUCAAUCGUAGAUUUCAUUUAGAAGAAGAGGUGGGAUCACUCACUGGUUCCUUCAUUCUUUUAUACAUGCCUUGCAUUGUCUCUCUGGAAGAACUGGUUGAGGAGUGCCUGUGCUGCAGUCUCAUCCAGUGGCGAGGGCCAAACUUGUACAGGGAACACUAUAAAUCAUUUGCCAUGUUCUUACAGAGGUUUUGAUCCAUCUGCGCGGGUGUACAGUACGUAGGACAGAUUAUAUGCGGUGUGAGACCGCCGAAAUUAUGUAAAUUAACACACACAACGGUUGUAAUCACCACACCACACGCCUUCUCCACCCCAGGUCGGUGGUGAAAGUUUUGGAACCACUUCGCUUAGCUUUGGAACAACUUCUGUUAGGGACCGGCUCCUCUGUACAUAAUUUGAUUGCUCUGUGAGUUGUGCGGGUGUAAAUAGCUCUUCUGCUUCGGCUGUGAGUGCGCUUGGUAGCUUGCCGAACCGCUGACAAUAUGUUCUCACGCUUUGCAAGUGUAAAUAUUGCCAUCAAUGGUUUGAGCUA